AUGGCUGAUUUUCGCCAGCUCGCUCUAGACUUUGUUCUGGAGGACAACAAGGCGAAAUCAGUCCGCUUUGCCCAGAAAGCUGCCAAGGAGAUUGAAGCCGCCGCCCCGAAUUCCAACCCUGUAGCACGAUGGGUUGAGUCUGUUCAGCCAUGGAUGCCUGACAGCAAUGAUGACGAUGUGAUGCGGGAUGCCGGCGAUACACCAGACUGGACCGCCAGAUCAAGAGCAGCCUUGGAGUUCUUAUCCCGGACAUUGCAUUACCUGAACCCGGAGGCCCUCAAGCCCAGCCAGGUCAAUCUCCUGGUCGCAUUUUUCGGAGCCAUGUUUGAUGUCGAUCACAAGGCUGGUAUUCUACCGUCGGCGACUGCACUUUCGCGAAUUAUUGCCAUGAAGUCAUUUCACCCGAACAGUGGCAGGGACAUUAUUCUAAAGGUGUGCACUCUUAAAGAGGACUUCCCUCGACAGAUAUCGAAAACUCGCCUUGCCGUCUACGAGCUGCUGAGGUCGCUAGUCAGCAAUCCAGAGGUCGCUAAGGACCUUCAGCAGCGGGACGGUAAGGAUACCGCAUUUAUGAAGGAUCUUCUUCAUCUUUGUCAAACUGAGAGGGACCCUGAUUGCUUAAUGGUUUGGUUUGAUAUACUUCGACUAUUUCUUUCAGAGUAUCCGCCAUCCAAGGAAAUAUUAGAGGAGAUUUAUGGAACAUUCAAGGCAUACUUCCCCAUCACCCUACCUCGCACUGCGCAGAGUGGCGUGACGCCUGAGGAACUGAAGUUGCAGCUGCGCAAAUGCUUCUCAUCAACUUAUCGUCUUGCUUCGCUCUCUCUACCUUUUCUGAUUGGUAAAUUAGACCAAGGAGAUGGUGUGACAGUCAAUGUGAAGGUAGAUGUUUUGCGGACAAUAAGGGCUUGCCUGGAAGAGUACAAAGACCCAACGGAAUCAAUCACACCAUAUACAAACAGAAUAUGGACCAGUUUGAAGUAUGAAGUCAGAAACGGAGAAAUCGAAGACACGAUUUGGGCAACGCUGGAAGUACUGAAGUCUCUUACGACAAGACUGGCCGGUGAUGACCUGCGCGACUACACACUGACCGUUACGAGAGACUGUGUAGUUGAUUUAGCAACGCCAAUGUAUACUACCGCCGCUGGUCGAUUGCUUGUUAGUGUGCUCAGCGCCAACCCAAGCGCCUUUGUUCUCAUAGUUGCACCGGCAGUUACGCACAUCAAGGAGAAUCUUCGUCACCCGAAAUCACCAACACAUAGCCAGGAUCUUCUAAAAAUUUUGCGCAUCAUUCUGGAAACCCGUUUACUACUCACAGAUGUGGAAAUGUCAGAACAUGAUAGAAAUGACUUCGCGGCGGUGGAUGGAGUUUUCAAGACUCUAUAUGCUGAUGUCUACAAAGGGCCUUUGGAGCUGCCCGCAAAGCCCGCCGCAUCUGAUGAGGACUUCAAACUGUCUACAGAGGCAGUGCAAGGUGUUGGCGCUCUUAUUGGGCAGAGGGAAGUCAAGUCCUUGGCUUCCGAUGCAGGGCACAAGACUUCAGACCUGGCGUUGCUACUACCCAUAUCAACAUGUGCUGAAAGCUGCGAGACCCUGUUUAACAUUUCCACACAGCAAUGGGACGAAAGGUCUAGGAGAAUCGGCGCCGAUGAGCUGGUCAAUGAAUCCGUAAAGGCUCUACAGAGGAUAAUCCAGGCAUAUCCUGGAGGCUUCCUGUCGAUAGUUGCUAAAGCCUCGUCUAUCCUUCGACAAUCGAUUGCCAACCUUACGCAUGAUUCAUUAGACACAAUCCAGUCACUGGGCCCGCUUCUGGCGUAUAUUGGCUGCUCAUCUCUGUCAGCAAGCUUAGAAUUGUCACUUAGACAGUUUGUCCAAGUCGUGAGGACUAUUGAAUUGGAGUUGUUGGCGGCUAUUGACCAGACAACUAGCCCAAGAAUAUGGUGUUUUUUGGUUGCCGGAAUCCACUCAACUGUGAGAUAUUUCAAUGAGGCCUGCUUAGAAAAGGAUGCAAAGGCCAGUGCAGUGGAGGAGGGGACUCUAUCUUCGGACCAAAUUGUCGUUAAGUAUCCCCAACUUUCCUCAGCGACCGCCUUUAGCGAGCCUGCCGUACCAACAGUUCAGUCAACCUUGACCUCUGUUAGUGAAGCUCGUACCGACGCUUUAUUGAUUGGUCUUCAUAUAGUGGGCUCACUAUAUCGUCGGGCAACGCAGUCAACCGAAACUGGGGGCCAACUUGCGAAAAGCAGCGACUUCGAUGGCUCAGAACCACACCCGGAACUCCGAUAUCUUUCUCUACUAUCUGAAUUGGCUGGUUUCAUUGUCCAUGAAUUCAAUGAGUCUCAGCAGGCUUCCCUCGAGGUGGAGAAAUAUGCACUGAACCUCUUCCGCGGAGACGAGGUCAAUGUAUCAGGGCCAUCAUCUUGGACUUGGUUGACCUCUGGGUAUUUGGGCAUUCUGUCUCUCGGAAUACUGGAGUCUGUGCGGCCUUCUAGAAUAGCCAAAUUUUACGAAACUGGCGUGGCACAACAAAUCUUAACUGAAGGGACAGCUACUGGUAGCUCUGUCGGUGAAGUCGCAUUGCGACCUGUGAGGAGAUCCAUCCUUGCGAUAUUGGCGAAUAAACACAAUAUUGAGACGCUCGACUCCGUCAUGGCGAAUGUGGCAACCAGCUUGCAAGAUGCUUUGCAAAAGACUAGAGCAGACAGUGCCAACGGGCCGCUGGCAACAAAUCUGGAAACUUGCUUUUCCAUAUUCUCCUUAAUAGGAGGACUCUUCAGACGAUACAGUGGCAACAAAAUUCAACCUCUGAUUCAGCUAUUACGCACAGCCCCGAACGAUGUCCAGUCCGGCUAUCAGCUCGGACGAGGACUGGAAAUCAUCGUUGUCCCUCAGAGAUUUCUAACAAAAGAAAACUUCGCUGUUGUUCGACUCCUCUGGCUCCAGAAGAUCUACAUUGAGCUCAUCAAACCCAUGCUAGAAGUCGCCUUAGGCAAAGACUCUAGCAUUACCGAUCCCGUCAUCAGGACCAACUUCAGCAUAUCCGUGCUACUCAUGGUCAAACACUUGGACUUUUCAAUCUACGAGCAAGACGCAGACAAGAUUCUACGAAUCGCUAUCGCUAUCGCACAGAAUCUCGGCAUCGGAACCGACGGCAUGGCUGCCUUGCAAGUUAUUAAGGAUAUCCUUGUAGAAGCUUCCGAACAAGCGGAGGACCACAUCCGCAGCCUUAUCAAGAUUUGUGCCAGUAUUUUCGCAAACAGACAGCAAUCAGCCGACCGACCGGAUUGGUUGCCCGCUGAAUACGGAGACGCAGUUCCCAGUUUAGAAGUACAGGCUGGCUGUGGCAAGAUAGCAUUGGAGAUUGUAGGUGGACUGCCGCGAAUGUUUGAGUCUCGCCAUUUGUUGGCGUAUGAGCCACAGGUCCAGCGAGAUUUAUCAACUGCGUGUGGUCAUAGGGUGCGUGAAUUGAGGAGUACGGCGCGGUUGGCGCGGGGUGCGUGGGCAAAUGUGAAAUAG